AUGCAUAUGUUAAACCUUGCGAUUCAAGCGAGCAUAGAAGCCAACUUGUUGUACACAAAACGCGGGAACCUCCCACCUCGCCCAGUGUUAGCCCUUCCAGUUCUAGGCCACUUCUACCUCCUGAAACAACCACUUCAUAGAACUCUACAAAAGCUUACAGAGAAACAUGGCCCAAUAUUCUCCCUCAGAUUUGGGACCCGUCUUGUUACUAUUGUGUCAUCAUCAUCUGCGGCGGAGGAAUGCUUCACCAAGAACGACGUCGUCCUCGCUGACCGCCCUCGUUUCCAAAUAGGCAUGGGCUAUAACUACACCGCGGUGGUUGGCGCCCCCUACGGCGAUCACUGGCGCAACCUCCGCCGCCUCAGUGCACAAGAAAUUUUCUCCCCCAGUCGUCUCAACAUGUUUUUAUCCAUUCGACAAGACGGAGUUAAGCGUUUGCUGCGUAGCCUUUGUUUAAAAAUCAGAGAGGGUAUGCGAAGGUUGAUUUGA